UUGUAUUUAUUACGUAAAUAAAGUCAAACGAUACAUUGACAGAUUCUGCACAAGUUCUAUCGCUAUAGACGACAUGUGGUCGGCGCGUUUGACCUACUUUCGUGGAUUACCCAUGAGGAAACAUGAUUUCGUAGGAUCUGAGGGCAACAGAAACAUUUAUGCCAAGUGUUUCGAAGGGUACGGGGAAAAAGUAAAAUAUGGCUUUAAUGCUGAUCAUCUAAGCUUGGAAUCCCCCAGAGAAAUUCCCUCAGAACAUGGGAACUCUGAACGACACGUCUCAGCAUCAAAGAGAUCCUUGACAAAACUUAAAAUGACUUUUGGACUCAACACAUCUUUAGAAAAACUUACUGAAGUAACAUCGACAAUUAGGAUGAUUAGAUGUGGACGAAAACGGACAUUUCCAGGUGUAAUUUAACACAACCACAAAAAACAGCAGGAUAUCCAGGGUAUUAUUCGAACCCGGGACCUUAUAAGCACAUAGCAGAUUUCAUAACCAGUUAAUUGCGAGUAUUAUUUUAGUUGGUC